UUCCCCUGUGAUCCCUCUCUUAAGGCCUAAACAGCAGCUGGAGAGAUUAGAAAGGAGAGGACAGCGACACACACACAGACUCUCACACACUGGCCAGGAUAGAUCUGGUUCAGACUGGAGUGGGCUCUCAUCAGAAGCACCAUUUGACUGGAUCUAGUACGACCAAACACCUUUACUCAACAAGGAUCGUCUUGCCUGAUGAACCUUUAUCUCCAGCAACCUCACAGUGGACCCUGUCUUCGGUUGGAACCUCUAUCCCAACACAGCGUCUUCAUUUAGGGGUCCAGAUUGAAUCACAUGCAACUCAAAAACUAACCAAUCUGUACUUAUCACGCUUUGGCCAUGAGCUGUUUCGGGUACCGUCGAGAGUUGAGCAAGUACGAAGAUGUCGACGAGGAUGAACUUUUGGCUUCCCUCAGUCCUGAAGAGCUGGCUGAGUUGGAAAAAGAGCUGGUGGACAUUGAUCCUGACGCCAACGUGCCCAUAGGACUCAGACAAAGAGACCAGACGGACAAGACCCCGACGGGCACCUUUAGCAGAGAGGCCCUCAUGAAGUACUGGGAAAAUGAGACACGUAGACUGCUGGAGGACGAGAUAUGUGGAGGAAGUCCCAAACCGGAUGAAGAACGAGACGAGGAGUGUGUGACAGAAGAAAACAGCGGAGCAGAGGAUGAAAAAGAUGUUGAAAAUGAGAAAGAGCAGACACAAGAAAAACAAAAGGAGGAAGAAGAAGAGGAAGAAGAGGAAGAGGAGGAGGAAGAAGAAGAAGAAGAGGAGGAAGAAGCUGUAACAGAGGAGGAGGAAGAUGAGGAGGAGGAGGAAGAGGAGGAGGAGGAGGAUAAUAAAUUAAAACCUGAACCCUCAAAGGAUUCUGGGGUGCUGACGUCACAGGGCGAUGCCCCAAUGCUAUUGAAGCCGCAAAGGGUGGAGCCUAUGAGGCUGACUCCUCCACCUCCACCUGUGGACCCAAACACGACUGGGAACCCUACUGUUGUCGAUGAUGCUCUCCAACGAGUUCUGAGCAACGACUCUGAACUCACAGAAGUUAACCUCAACAACAUUGACGACAUCUCGCAGGAAACCCUCAUCCGAUUUACUGAAGCAUUGCGGUGUAACACACACGUGCGAGUCUUUAGCCUCGCAAACACCCGAGCCGAUGACCCUGUGGCCCUGGCCAUUGCUAAGAUGCUGAGGGAGAACUCGUCCAUCGUCAGCCUGAAUAUAGAGUCCAACUAUGUGACCGGGAAGGGUGUCAUGGCACUGGUUCAAGCACUUCCAGGAAACAACACCCUGACUGAGCUUCGGUUCCACAAUCAGAGACACAUGUGUGGAGGACAGGUAGAGAUGGAGAUGGUAAAGAUUCUGAGGGAAAACUACACGUUGAUCAAGCUGGGCUACCAGUUCAAUCUACCUGGUCCCAGGAUGAGCAUGACGGGGAUCCUCACCAGGAACCAGGACCGCCAGAGACAGAAACGGCUGCAGGAGCAGAGACAGCAGCAGCAGCAACAGGGGGCGCCGGAGGGAGCUGUUAACCCCAGAACCACUGUACUGAAAGGAACUCCUCGUUCAUCACCUUACAGCUCACCUUGGUCCUCACCCAAACUCCCCCGGAGCGACCUGGCUAAAAAACAGACUCCUCCUGCUCCACCUCCGCCACCCCCUCCGCCGCCUCCUCCUCCCCCACCUCCCCCGCCACCGCCUCCCCCGCAGCGGGAGAAAAAGCCCACCAGGAUGAUUGCGGAGGUCAUCAAGGCGCACGAGGCGGGCAGCAGGAAGGCCACAAAGGUGACAAAAGGUAAGAAGAGCAAGAAGGCGAAGUCGAAAGAGACGGGGAACGACGAGACGAGCGGCAUCCUGAAGGAGCUCAAGAACGCGCUGAGGCCCGUGUCCGUGGAGAAGAGAGGGGAGGAGGGCAGCAGGCCGUCCACGCCAAUGAGGUCAGCCCACGACCAGCUGAUGGAGUCCAUCCGCAGCAGCAGCACGCGCAGCCUGAGACGGGUGCCAGUCCCACAUCAUCUACGGUAAUAGACAAAAAAUAAACAAAUAAGAAUAGGUCAGUUGGUUGCCAAGAAAAUUUGGGAGUCUGCAUCAUGAUGACGAUGGAGUGACCAACAGUGAUGAAAGCACGAGAUGAAAACGUGUUGGGAAUCCGGAGGAGGAAAAAAAAACUGAAUUCUUACUCAUGAAAAAGGAAAUUUACUGGAAAUUUGCACUGCAGUUUAAGCUUUACAUUUUACUAAUGCUUAAGUUUUUUUUUUAAGUAUUUACGCAUAAUUGAUAAAAUGAUAUUUGUAUUUCACUUUUCAGAUAAGUUAACUGUUCACACAUAAGUUUUCAAAUGUUUCUGUUUUCUUGUAAAAUUGUAAAUAUGAUCUGUUGUUGGUUGAAUUAUGUGCUGAUCUCUAAAUAUAGUCAUUUGGUGUUUA